CCAACGGUCAAAAAUCCCGCCAAAGCAUGAUAGUAACUAAUGAUUUUGCAUGGCACUUAAAAUCUCUCACUUUCACUUCCCAAAACUCCUUUUUUCUUGUUCCUCAUCAGGCAAACAUUUCUUCGAAUCUCUAUCUGUUUCUCUAAUGAAAAACCGACCAAUACCCAGAAAGAAGAAAACAUUUUCCCACAUUUUCCAAGAAUGUUCGAACCAAACAUCCUUAAACCCAGGCAAACAAGCCCAUUGUCAAAUGAUAAUAUCUGGGUUUAUCCCAACAAUCUUUGUUGCCAAUUGUUUGAUCCAACUGUACAUAAAAUGUGGGAAUUUGGGGUACGCUAAUAAAGUGUUUGAUAGAAUGUCUCAGCGAGACGUUGUGUCGUGGAAUGCGUUGAUUUUUGGGUUUGCUAGUAAUGGGAUGAUGGGGAUUGCGAACAGCUAUUUUGAUGAAAUGCCUGAAAAGGAUGUUGUUUCAUGGAAUUCGUUGAUUUCAGGGUACCUGAAGAAUGGUGAGGGUUUGAAGGCUAUUAAGGUUUUUGUGGAAAUGGGGAGAAUGGGAGUUCAGUUUGAUUGGACGAGUUUUGCUGUUGUUUUGAAAGCUUGUGCUCUUUUGGAAGAGUUUUAUGUGGGGGUACAAGUUCAUGGUAUCGCUGUUAAAGUUGGUUUUGAUAAAGAUGUGGUUACAGGUAGCGCUUUAGUGGAUAUGUAUGGAAAAUGUUGGAGGUUAGAUGAUUCAAUUAGGUUCUUUUAUCAAAUGCCUGAGAAGAAUUGGGUUUCUUGGAGUGCUGCAAUCUCGGGUUGUGUUCAAAAUGAUAAGUUUGUUAAGAGUGUGGAAUUGUUCAAGGAAAUGCAAAGGGAAGGAAUUGUGGUUAACCAAUCUGCUUAUGCUAGUGUUUUCAGGUCAUGUGCUGGGUUGUCUGCAUUUAGGUUAGGUAGACAGCUCCAUGGUCAUGCCUUGAAGAGUAAUUUUGGAUUGGAUUUGAUUGUAGGAACAGCAAUUCUGGAUAUGUAUGCAAAAUGUGGUAGUAUGACUGAUGCUCAAAAGUUAUUUAACUUGUUUCCAAUUCGCAAUUUGCAAUCUUUUAAUGCCAUUAUUAUUGGUUAUGCCCGAUGUGAUCGGGGCUUCCAAGCUUUGCAUUUAUUCCAACUUCUGCUCAAGUCUGAUCUUGGUUUUGAUGAAAUAAGUUUGUCCGGAGCAUUUAGUGCUUGUGCAGUAAUUAAAGGGUCUGUGGAGGGUGUUCAAGUACAUGCCUUAGCAGUCAAAAGUACUUUUGAGUCAAAUAUUUGUGUGGCCAACGCUAUUCUUGACAUGUACAGUAAGUGUGGAGCUUUGGCUGAAGCAUGUCAUGUUUUUCAUGAAAUGGAGAGAAGGGAUGCUAUUUCUUGGAAUGCAAUUAUUGCAGCGAAUGAACAGAAUGGAAAUGAAGAGGAAACACUCUCUCAUUUUGUUUCCAUGCUACAUUCUGGGAUGGAGCCCGAUGAGUUCACUUAUGGCAGUGUCUUAAAAGCUUGUUCUGGUCAGCAAGCCUUGAAUUAUGGCAUGGAGAUCCAUAAUAGAAUCAUCAAAUCUGGAAUGGGGUUGCAUUCAUUUGUAGGAAGUGCUCUUGUUGAUAUGUACUCCAAGUGUGGGAUGAUGGAAGAGGCCGAAAAGAUCCAUGACAGAAUAGAGCAACAGACGAUGGUUGGUUGGAAUGCAAUCAUUUCUGGAUUUUCACUGCAAAAAGAAAGUGAAGAAGCUCAGAAUUUUUUCUCUCGAAUGUUGGAGAUGGGUGUAAAGCCAGAUCACUUCACUUACGCCACAGUUCUUGAUACCUGUGCUAAUUUGGCUACAGUUGGAAUUGGUAAACAAAUUCAUGCUCAAAUUAUCAAGCUAGAAUUGCAGUCAGAUGUGUACAUAUGCAGCACCCUUGUCGAUAUGUACUCAAAAUGUGGAAACAUGCAUGAUUCCAAGCUAAUGUUUGAGAAAGCAACUAAUCGGGAUUUUGUAACUUGGAAUGCCAUGAUUUGUGGGUAUGCCCAACAUGGUCUCGGAGAAGAAGCCCUUAAAGUUUUUGAGGAUAUGAUACUUGAGAAUGUAACGCCUAACCAUGCAACAUUUGUUUCAGUCCUUCGAGCAUGUGCACAUGUAGGGCUGGUAGAAAAGGGAUUGCAUUAUUUUGGCUUGAUGUCAAGUAACUAUGGUUUAGCUCCUCAGUUGGAGCACUAUUCCUGUAUGGUGGAUAUAAUGGGCAGGGCAGGCCAAGUUAGUGAGGCAUUAAAGCUUAUAAACGAUAUGCCCUUUGAACCAGAUGAUGUUAUUUGGAGAACUCUGCUUAGCAUUUGCAAAAUCCAUAGCAAUGUAGAGGUGGCAGAAAAAGUGGCCAAUUCUCUUUUGCAAUUGGACCCACAAGAUUCGUCAGCUUAUAUUCUUCUAUCGAAUAUAUAUGCUGAUGCCGGAAUGUGGGACAAGGUUUCAGAUAUGAGGAAGAUAAUGAGGUAUAAUAAGCUGAAGAAGGAACCUGGUUGUAGCUGGAUUGAAGUAAAGGAUGAGGUUCAUGCAUUCCUUGUUGGGGACAAGGCUCAUCCAAGAUGCAAAGAGAUAUAUGAGAAGCUUGGUAUAUUAGUUGAUGAGAUGAGAUGCUACGUGGCUGAUAUAGAUUUUUUCCUUGAAGAAGAGGCAAACCAACUAAAGGAGCAAGAAGAGCUGAAAAUCAGCUUGUGUAGUUUGUAAUUUUAUUUAAUGCCGCGGAGGCAAAUGGAAAAAAUUGAAUAAUCAAUUCAUUCUAGUAGUAUGUUAUUAAGUUAGAUGACAAAUAUUGCCUACAGAGAAAUUUGCCUCUUCUGACACAGCGGCCUGCAAGUAUACAGUGGUGCUGAAAGAUCUAGUAUUGCAAGACCAAUAGGGUAAACGCUGGCUACCAAAAAGCCCACUUCAAGUUCACACCAAAA